AAUGGAAACACACCAUUUCGUUUUAUCAUAACCCUUUCUACUCUUCUCUCCACAACUUUCUGCCGCUCUCCAAUUCUCAUAACCCAAACUUUAAUGUUGAGGAUCUGACAUUUUUUUUCACAAAGAAUGAGGUCUACCAUUUACACAUCUUUCUUCUCCUUUUGGAGCCUGUUUCUAUGCAAAUUAUUUUUUAAUAUUUUUGCUUCAUUUUGUUUGCAAAUGCAUGUUCGAAGAGUAUUUGUCGGACUUUGUUGAAAUUUUCAAGUGAAUUUCGUUUCCUUGGUUCAUUGUGGUUUUAAAGAGGCGCAUAAGAUUUCCAGCUUGGAAAACAAGAGAGUCAGAGUUUCUGUUUUGUCCAUUUUCCUCUAGCAGAGAGUAAAAAAAGGCAGAUUUUGGAACUAUGAAUUUGUGCCACAGGGACGAUCGUUGCUUCCCUGAGUUCAUAGCCAUCGUCGCCGACACAAGUUCCGAAAUGUCAUUAUUAGUUGAAUUUUCAAAAUAGAUUUGCAUUUUCCAUAGCUUCAGAACUUAAAUCCGAACACCACUCCAGUUUUCCCAUGUUGAACGGAGUUUUAGCAGAACCAGAUUUAGGAAAUAAAAAAAAUCGGGUCCUUUCCCCUUUGUUUCAAAAAAAUUGGUUGUUGGAUGAGUGUUAAUUUUUCAAGGCGAGGAGAUGGAGGAAGAGUUGAUUAUUCGGAGUAAUAACAACAUGGUGUCAAGUGUUAUAGAGAAAAGUGGAGGGGAUGGGUCGUUGUUGUUGAGGGCGAGUUUCUAUAGCACAAGGCAAGCAACAACAUUAGAUUUGGUGUUGCAGUGGGGGAAUCAGAAGCGGCUAAGGUGCAGGCCAAGGAUGAUGUUUCCAACCCAGUUCAAAGGACAAUGGUUCGGGUUCGGGUGGAUCGUCGGGUCGCUAGAACCGAUAAGAAUUCUUUAAAUAAGUCCACGUUCGGUGUCAAUAAUAACAACCUUGGAGUUGGACACAUUCAUAAUAAUCACCAUCAAAGUAACGGGUAUCCAAAUCUUCAACAACGUCCGUCUUUGCCGCAACCACGAAUUCUCAAGAACUGAGAAAAUUCAAGUGCCAUGAGAGGAGGACAAAGCAACGGGGGUGUUAGGGGAAUUGCCUCACCGAACAGGGGUGCGCACGAUAAGAGGGGGACCCAUAACAACCACCUUAAUGACAAUAACAAGUCCGCAGCCUCGUCGGACACCGCGCACGAUAGCAAGAAGGGAGGGUCGCCGUCCGGCAGCGGGGAGGCGGCUCCGCCGGUGUGGCCACCCAAGUUCGUGAUUGCCUUGACCAACAAGGAGAAGGAAGAAGAUUUUCUCGCCAUUAAAGGCUCAAAACUGCCUCAGAGACCCAAGAAGAGAGCCAAAUUCAUUCAACGCACCCUCAAUCUCGUCAGUCCUGGCGCAUGGUUAUGCGAUCUUACCUUGGAACGAUAUGAGGUUAGGGAGAAGAAAAUAUCCAAAAAGAGACCGAGAGGUUUGAAAGCAAUGGGAAACAUGGAGUCGGAGUCUGAAUAGAGAGAGAGAGUGUGUGAAUGAUGCUUUAUGUUUGCUAAGGAUGUAGGAUAAUGUAAAGCAUGGCAUGGCAUCUCAGCUGCGUGCAAAAAAAUCCAAAUCCAAAUACUAAUAUUUUAGCUUUGCCUCCGCUUAA